AUGAUAAUUGACUUCGACUUGACGAGAAACGAUUUCGAACUCUUCAAAGAAUUUGAAAUAAAAUACAACAAGAAAUAUUCUCCACCUUCUCAACGUCUUGCUCGUCUCUCAAUUUUUAAAUCGAGUCUCAAAGAUAUUCGCAGACGAAAUUCAAAGCGAAAAACACCAUCAGAUGCAAUUUUUGGUAUUAAACGUUUCUCUGAUUUAACUCCACUGGAAAUGGGAUUAAACCCACAGAAGUAUAUGAAAACACAAAUAAAAGAUUCAACUUCAAUAAGUGGUAAACUUCCCAUUCUUCCUACUGGGGACGUAAUUCCAGACCAUUUAUCAUAUUGUGGACCUUAUGUUCAAAAGAACACAGACCAUCCAAAAAGGGAUCUUUGUGGCACUCCACUUGACCAAAAAGGGUGUGGGUGUUGUUAUGCUGCUGCUAUUGCCAAUCAUGGCCAAAUUUUAUAUGCAAACAUGACUUAUUACAAAAAUAACAAAGACGAAACCAAAAUAGAAAAGUUGCUUUUUACUCCACAAAGAUUUAUUGAUACGAAACAUCCAAUACCAGGCAGUCAUAAUAAUAAUAGAUGUUGUGGUGGAAAUAGUGGUAUUGCUAUCGAAGGUCUGUGA